AUGGCCACAUUGCAAGCUCCCAUUACUACUCUGGGAGUUGAUUAUCCUAUUCUUCCCGGGGUGGAGCCUGUCUUGUUUGCCGUAGACGGAAACAGAAAUGCGAUGCGACCAAACCGAAAUGUAACGAGUGCGUUUCCGCUAGUCGCAAUUGCCAGUACGAGGAUGAAACCUACCGAACCAGGACCCAAUUGCUACAAGUUCGUGGACAGAAUCAUGGAGCUCGAGAACCAAAUACGUUUGAUUGAAGAACAGCGAAGCUCCUCGUCUACAACAGUGUCCGAAUACUCAUCGGACGAAUCGUCUCUUCGUUCUACUACAUCACCUGGACUAUCUUUAGGGUCAUCUAGCCCUGGGUCAUCGAGAGACACGUCUCGGACGCCCAUUACACCUACAAAAGGACUGGGUUCUGCCGAUGAUGUCUUUCCUGCUAUAGUUUCUCCAUCUUCACCGUCCUCCGCCUACUCUAUGGUGGAUAUAUAUCCCGAUUACUCGAAAUCGACAGGCCCCGACCCUUCCUCCCAGGUUGUCAGCAAGCUAUUGGAUACAUUCUUCCAGCGGCAUAGUCAAUGCGGAUUCGAACUUCACCUUGGUCGGGUCAUGAGGGCGCUCCAGCCGGGUACACCCGAGCCCCUAACGCCUGUGUUACUUAAUUCAAUGUUGCUCAUGGGGUGUUAUUUUGCACAGGAGCAAGAGUUAAAAAUGUGGGAAAAUGAGUUUUUUGAGCGUACAAAAUGGUCGAUCGAAGAGAACAUAACUCUGGCGCACAGUGGUGGGGAUGGCAAAUACAACUCCUUGCACCACGUACAAGCGAUGUCUAUGUUUGGCCUAUACUACUACUUCAAAGGUCGCUUGCUCGAAGGCCAUGUCCACACAGCCCAUGCGACUCGAUUGGCAGUUGCUUUGGGCCUCCAUAAAUUAAACUCUCGCAUUUUCCAUCCCGGGUAUGGGGCACCAAUUUCCAAGCAACCUUUCGGGGUUACGCGUUGGCGUCCAAGGGAUUCUAUAGAACUUGGGGAGGCGAUUAACCUAUGGUGGAGUUGUAUGGAUACUGAGCUGGCUGGCUCGACGCUCAAUGGAUUGUCACCCUGUGUCUCCCUAGAGGAUGACAUUACUACAGUCUGGCCUCGGUUGCUCUCCGAUUUUGAGUCUGGCCAACCUCUGCCUGACGACGAUUACUCUGUCAAUUCCUUGUUGGAUCCCCAGACUAGUUCUAUAGUUGUCAGCGUCUCUAGGGACAACGUGAAAAGCUUAAUUGCCAAGUCUUAUAUCCUCAUGGUUUGGGCAGCAAAAUUGGACAUAGAGCGAGUAGCAAAUCAUCAGGGGUCAGAAGAGUGGUGGAUUCGUUUUGAAAGAUGUGAUCAAGCUAUAAACCAAUUCAUGAUGACCAUGCCUCCAGUGCGCCUUAGCCGUAACGUCGAAGAACUCGCCUACCUUAUCCUAGUCCAUACUGCGAUAUACUGCUCCCAGCUGCAGCUGCACAAUGCUUUGGCAGAAUUUGAGCUUGCUAUGGGUGCUCAGCGGUACCCAAAUGGCCGUAACCCUGACGGGUCACUUGGAGGCAUUAGUUAUGCCCGUUGUAACGAAGCUUGCCGAGCUACGGUCUUAGCGGCUGCAAUCGUGGCGGAUAUCGAUCUAAGCUAUAUGCUUAUGUUUAUCGGGAUCGCUUGGGUCUGCGUAGCGGAGGUGUUGAUCAGGGAGAUCCCGAGGUUGAGACGUAGCGGCUUUUCAGCACAAGCUCUUGAGAAGGAACAGCAACUCACCGUGAUAGAAACGUGUAUGGGCAGACUCGUACAGACCUACCCUGUACUAAGUCUACAACUGCAACAACUACAAAUUAUAAAGGCUCAGCAAACAUUUUAUUGA